AUGGAAUCCCCCGCCAUCUUCACCCCGCUUGAUCCGAAAGAACAGCCGAUUCUGGAAUCCGUACUUCGACUUCGGGAUGCGCUCCUUUUAUUAAAGCAGGACAAAUCGUCCUAUAUUCGAUCCCGCGAUGUUCUUCCGCUCUAUGAAGAAGUGAUUGCAGAGGUGGAAAAGCUCAAUACUUUUCGGAAAGAAAAGGAUCGUCGUCUCGCACAUAACCGAUUGGACUACGUUCUAGACGACUGCUUUCAACUUAUCUCGCUGCUAUUUUUGACUGUUGGGAGGAACAACGAGGCUCCGGCAGUAUACUCUCUCGCAGCGACAGUACAGCGACUCCUCGACCACUUAGAAGAAGCUGGAUUCUACAGUACCAAAGACCUUAGCUCGAUCACAAAGACGCUUGCGGAUAUGCAUGAGACAUUAGACCGCGGUCGGGACACCUACUCACCAGCCCUGUUGACACUCUUGGAAAGCCGUCUGGAUAAAUGCAAGAUCAAGUUGGAGAAACUGCAGAGCGGGCUUGCCAAAUUAAGCCCUGAACUUGCUUCAACGCACGAAACGCUGGUAUCAAUCCUCCGGUCAACCUCGGCCGUAAACACUCGCUCCAAGUUCUCUGCUUCGGAGGUCAAUGGGCUUCGAGAGCAAUUGAAAAAGAUAGAAGAUACAACAAAGGACGGCACCUUUGUGGACGCAAGCGGCAACCCAUUACCAAACCAGGAAGACGUCAAAAUGCUGCUGCAUCGUUGUUGGCGCUGGAGUGACAUAGUCCUAGAACGCGAGGGUAAGAUUGAUGAGCGGUUUCAAGAGCAGUAUGAGCAAUUACUCGAUAUCCGCAAUCAGCUAGAUAGACUCUCGGUCACGCAAGCUUGGUCUCUCCGCGAGACGGACCUGUUCGUAUACCAGCGCAAGCUCGAUCGGAUUGACGAAUCUAGAGUCAACGGCAACUUUGUCGAUUUCGAGGGAAAACCAGCAGAUCUUCAUGCGCAGCGGACUCUUCUCUAUCUCAUUAGAAGGAGUUAUGCAUAUGUGUAUGCCCUCCUUAUUUCAUCGGAGCCAGUCUCGGAGGCACUUCUCCCAGUGUACAACCAACUCCAGACGCUACGCCGUUGCUUGUUUGAAGUCAAAGAGUCCGGCGGCGUGUCCAGCCCGCGAGAACUCUACCCUUACAGUAUGAAGCUCAACUCAAUCGACAAUAUGCGCGUCGACGGCAAAUUCUAUGUCGGCAACGAUAUCCCAGAGGGACAAGGCGGCGUAAACGCCUUGCUAGCGGAAUGCUACGAUCUCGUUUGGGAGCUGCGAGCGGCUGUAGCAGAGGACAAGGAGUAG